AUGCCUCGCUUUAAGAUAAAAUCAGUUUUCAGCAGUCCUAAAACACCUCCAGCCAUGGAUUCUCCGCGCACAUUUCAGGAAGAGGAUGAUCCUCCUUUGACGCCGCUUCAACUGAACGGUUACAAACCCUCCACUCACCACAAGCUCCUGCCGACCGAACUGGCAGAGGAACUUCGUCUCCAUAUCCCUCCCAUCCUCCAGAUCUCGCACUCUUGGACUCUCCAGUACUCAUUGGAACAGGACGGAACAUCACUUAACACCUUCUACAGCAGGACGCGGCCGCAGCCAGGCGAAUCAACGGCCAGAAGAAAAGGAUACCUACUAGUCGUGAUGGACACCCAACACCGGCUGUUUGGGGCGUAUCUGAACGAUUACCUGAGACCGCUAGACAAAAAGCAGUACUACGGAAACGGAGACUGUUUUCUAUGGAAGGCAGAGCGCGAUAGUAUAAAAAACAUUCACACGCUAGAGGCGUCUGGGGAACAAUUGAGAUUGAAAGUGUUCCCAUACACUUCGAUGAACGAUUACAUAAUCUACUCGAACCACAACUUCGUCAGCAUAGGGUCCGGGGGCGGGCGGUUUGGUCUGUACAUCAACGGCGAUUUGGAAACUGGAGCUACCGACAGUGUCGAGACGUUUGGCAACGAGCCACUGACUACGGAAAAGUUUAGAAUCCUCGGCUUGGAGCUGUGGAAAAUCGACUAA